CGUCGCAAAAAGCCAGAGUAUUGAUACCAGCAGGGCUAUAAAUUGCCUCACAACACCUUUAAAUGGCACACAAAUCUUAACGUUUCACACGUCCAACGUCUUUCAAGAUGAGGCUACUUCUUCCUUUGACUUUGGCAGUGAUUGCCUUUAGCUGCAUGUCCUUUAUUGAUUGCGCCUCGUCGGACGACACAGGAACCGCAACUGGGACGAGCACUGGAACUGGAACUGGUACUGGCACCGGCACCGGCACCGGCACAGCCACAUCGACAACUGUUGCUCCGACAACCACCUCUACCACGACCACAGAAGCGCCCGUGCACCACAGAAGGAUACAUCGGCGCAGGCGUCGCGUCCUCAGGAGACUCCGACACAGGCGCGCAGAGGCCGAGCGAAGACGCCGACGGGGCUAGUCGCUAAAAAGUUUACUUUACUUUAUUUUUCAAAUUCUGCAGAUAU